AAAUAAAAAAACUCUUUUUUUGAGUGUGUACUUGAUCAGUUAUCAGCUUACUUCCCAACAAUUUUUGCUGAAUUGUCAUGACACUUCAGAAGGAUUGUUGAUUAUUCUUCUCAAUGGAAGAUAUUAGAAACCUUCCUUCCCCUUCUUCUUCCUUUUCUCCUUCCUCUUUCCUUCCCCUUCCUCUUCCUCUUUUUCUUCCCCCCCCAAAUAAACAUGUAUUGCCAAAAUUCUGUUUAAGUCAGUGGUUUCAUUUCUGCCUUAAUUUAUUAAUUAAAUUAUUGAUCAGACAAAGCCUUAAGUAGUUAGAGAACGCGGAUAGGCUAAAAGGAAAGUGUGAAGAGCUACAAAAGUAAUUUUAAUUUAAGUAAUUCUUUUGGGGUGAGACUUGGGGUAUAGUGAUAGUUCUACUAAUGUCUGUGUGACCCCCAAGAAAGUUGUUUUAGGUUCAGUGUACCUUGGUUGCCUCAAAGGUAAAAUGUAGUAAAGCCAGCUGUGUGUGCCUUCCAGGAUUGUAAGAAUAAAAUGAGAUGGUAGCUAUGAUUUUGAAUGUGAAAAGCAUUUUACCAAGACUGUAAUGUCCUCUUUGUAAAGUGGAGACUAGAUUAUAAACUAUAGAAUAUAUAUUGUUUUCUCCAAGGGAGGAACGUUGUCUUUAUUUUGAAACAGUAGGUAGCCUUCUGGUGGCUGGAACAUGCUUCUGCCUGCGGGGGCCCAGUGUCUGGGCCCUAGGGAUCUACAGAGCUCAGUAAGCUUAGGAAGUGUUUCAGGAAGGCCUCCUAGUUGAUGCUGUCCUCAUGUCCUGCCAGAACAGUCUCCAUCUCCUCCUCAGCCAUCUUCUCUUCCAGGGUGGUGAGGACUUGUCUGAGCUCUGCUCCCGUGACUUUGCUGUUCCCCUCCUUGACUAACACAUGAAGCCCCUCCGAGUAGUCCUCAUAUGUGCCUUGGUUCCGCUUCUUGGCUGCUGCCUGGAGCAUGGGCAGGAAAGUCUUGAAGUCCACAUGCCGGGACUUCAGCUCAUCACUCUUGGGGUUCCCCAGGACCUUCAUCACCUUGGCACUGACUCAUGAAAUGGCCACAGGUGAUAAGACGUCCCCAACACUGGACUCUGCUAAUGAUUUGCCUCGAUCUCCUACUAGUCCUUCUCAUCUCACACACUUUAAACCUUUGACUCCUGAUCAAGAUGAGCCCCCUUUUAAAUCAGCUUAUAGUUCUUUUGUAAAUCUCUUUCGUUUUAACAAAGAGAGAGCAGAAGGAGGCCAGGGAGAACAGCAGCCUUUGAGUGGAAGUUGGACCAGCCCUCAGCUCCCUUCAAGGACACAGUCUGUUAGGUCACCCACACCUUAUAAAAAACAGCUUAAUGAGGAACUCCAGCGGCGCUCUUCAGCAUUAGCAGAGAACAGUUUGCAACAUCCCCAGGAGAACACAGACACAAGAAGGAAAGCAGAACCUACCUUUGGAGGUCAUGACCCUCGUACAGCUGUUCAGCUUCGAAGCCUCAGCACAGUAUUAAAACGCCUCAAGGAAAUCAUGGAGGGGAAAAGCCAGGAUAGUGACCUGAAACAAUACUGGAUGCCAGAUAGCCAAUGUAAAGAGUGCUAUGACUGUAGUGAGAAAUUUACAACCUUUAGGCGCAGACACCAUUGUCGACUAUGUGGGCAGAUUUUCUGCAGUCGUUGCUGUAAUCAAGAAAUCCCUGGAAAAUUUAUGGGCUAUACAGGAGACCUCCGAGCUUGCACAUAUUGUAGAAAAAUAGCCUUAAGUUAUGCUCAUUCCACAGACAGUAAUUCUAUUGGGGAAGACUUGAAUGCUCUUUCAGAUUCUGCUUGCUCUGUGUCUGUGCUUGAUCCAAGUGAACCCCGAACACCUGUUGGGAGUAGGAAAGCCAGCCGUAACAUAUUUUUAGAGGAUGAUUUGGCCUGGCAAAGUUUGAUUCAUCCAGAUUCCUCAAAUACUCCUCUUUCAACAAGACUUGUAUCUGUGCAAGAGGAUGCUGGGAAAUCUCCUGCUCGAAAUAGAUCAGCCAGCAUUACUAACCUGUCACUGGAUAGAUCUGGUUCUCCUAUGGUACCUUCAUAUGAGACAUCUGUCAGUCCCCAGGCUAACCGAACAUAUGUUAGGACAGAGACCACUGAGGAUGAACGCAAAAUUCUUCUGGACAGUGUGCAGUUAAAAGACCUGUGGAAAAAAAUCUGCCAUCACAGCAGUGGAAUGGAGUUUCAGGAUCACCGCUACUGGUUGAGAACUCAUCCCAACUGCAUUGUAGGAAAGGAAUUAGUCAACUGGCUAAUCCGAAAUGGGCACAUUGCCACAAGGGCACAAGCUAUAGCAAUUGGACAAGCAAUGGUUGAUGGACGUUGGCUGGAUUGUGUUAGUCAUCACGACCAACUUUUCAGAGAUGAGUAUGCGCUGUAUAGACCACUGCAGAGUACAGAAUUUUCUGAGACGCCUUCUCCCGACAGUGACUCAGUGAACUCCGUGGAAGGACACUCUGAGCCAUCCUGGUUUAAAGACAUAAAGUUUGAUGACAGUGACACAGAACAGAUAGCUGAAGAAGGUGACGAUAAUUUGGCUAAUUCUGCCAGUCCUAGCAAGCGCACAUCAGUCAGCAGUUUCCAGUCCACAGUGGACAGUGACUCAGCCGCUUCUAUCAGCCUGAACGUGGAGCUGGACAACGUGAACUUCCAUAUCAAGAAGCCCUCCAAGUACCCACAUGUGCCCCCUCACCCUGCUGACCAAAAAGUGGAAAGAACCUCAUUUGAGCUAUGCUUGGUCACAGACCUAGAGAAAGUUCACGGGGAAGUAAAGAAGUAUUUGAUUUCUGACACUGGAGGACAACAGUUCUCAAUAAGUGACGCUUUCAUCAAAGAAUCCUUAUUUAAUCGUCGAGUAGAGGAAAAAUCCAAAGAGCUGCCUUUCACACCUUUGGGCUGGCAUCAUAACAACCUGGAGCUCCUGAGGGAGGAGAAUGGGGAGAAACAAGCCAUGGAGAGAUUGCUUUCAGCUAAUCAUAACCACAUGAUGGCACUACUCCAGCAGUUGCUCCAUAGUGACUCACUGUCAUCAUCUUGGAGGGACAUCAUCGUGUCAUUGGUCUGCCAGGUUGUUCAGACAGUCCGACCUGAUGUCAAGAACCAGGAUGAUGACAUGGAUAUCCGUCAGUUUGUUCACAUCAAAAAAAUCCCAGGUGGAAAGAAGUUUGAUUCCGUGGUUGUCAAUGGCUUUGUUUGUACCAAGAACAUUGCACAUAAAAAGAUGAAUUCUUGUAUUAAAAACCCCAAAAUUCUUCUGUUGAAGUGUUCCAUUGAGUAUCUCUACAGAGAAGAAACUAAGUUUACUUGCAUUGAUCCUAUUGUGCUUCAGGAAAGGGAAUUCUUGAAGAAUUAUGUCCAGCGAAUAGUUGAUGUUCGACCCACCUUGGUUCUAGUUGAGAAAACAGUGUCUCGGAUUGCCCAGGACAUGUUAUUGGAACAUGGCAUUACUUUGGUCAUUAAUGUAAAGUCACAAGUUUUGGAACGAAUCAGUCGAAUGACCCAAGGUGAUUUAGUGAUGUCAAUGGACCAGCUGCUUACGAAACCGCACCUGGGCACUUGUCACAAAUUUUAUAUGCAGAUAUUUCAGUUGCCUAAUGAACAAACCAAGACGCUGAUGUUUUUUGAAGGUUGUCCACAGCACCUAGGCUGUACAAUCAAGCUAAGAGGAGGCUCUGAUUAUGAGCUGGCUCGAGUUAAGGAGAUCCUAAUAUUUAUGAUCUGUGUUGCUUAUCAUUCUCAACUAGAAAUAUCCUUUCUCAUGGAUGAAUUUGCUAUGCCUCCCACAUUAAUGCAAAACCCUUCAUUCCAUUCCCUGAUUGAGGGACAAGGGCAUGAGGGGGCUGUCCAAGAGCAGUAUGGCGGAGGUUCCCUCCCCUGGGAUCCCGACAUCCCUCCUGAGUCUCUGCCCUGUGAUGAUAGCAGUUUGCUGGAAUCGAGGAUUGUGUUUGAGAAGGGUGAGCAGGAAAAUAAAAAUCUUCCACAGGCUGUUGUGUCUGUGAAGCAUCAAGAACAUAGCACAACAGCUUGCCCGGCUGGUCUCCCUUGUGCUUUCUUUGCACCUGUACCGGAAUCAUUGUUGCCACUCCCUGUGGAUGACCAACAAGAUGCUUUAGGCAGCGAGCAGCCAGAGAGUUUGCAGCAAACAGUUGUGCUGCAGGAUCCCAAAAGCCAGAUAAGAGCCUUUAGAGACCCUCUACAGGAUGACACUGGAUUAUAUGUUACUGAGGAAGUCACCUCCUCUGAAGAUAAACGAAAGACUUAUUCUUUGGCCUUUAAGCAGGAAUUAAAAGAUGUGAUCCUCUGUAUCUCCCCAGUAAUCACAUUCCGAGAACCCUUUCUUUUAACUGAAAAGGGGAUGAGAUGCUCUACCAGAGAUUAUUUUGCAGAGCAGGUUUACUGGUCUCCUCUCCUCAAUAAAGAAUUCAAAGAAAUGGAGAACAGGAGGAAGAAACAGCUGCUCAGGGAUCUCUCUGGACUUCAGGGCAUGAAUGGAAGUAUUCAGGCCAAGUCUAUUCAAGUCUUACCCUCACAUGAGCUAGUGAGCACUAGAAUUGCUGAGCAUCUGGGCGAUAGCCAGAGCUUGGGUAGAAUGCUGGCCGAUUAUCGAGCCAGAGGAGGAAGAAUUCAGCCCAAAAAUUCAGACCCUUUUGCUCAUUCAAAGGAUGCAUCAAGUACUUCAAGUGGCAAAUCAGGAAGCAAAAACGAGGGUAAUGAAGAGAGAGGGCUUAUUCUGAGUGAUGCUGUGUGGUCAACAAAGGUGGACUGUCUGAAUCCCAUUAACCACCAGAGACUUUGUGUGCUCUUCAGCAGCUCUUCUGCCCAGUCCAGCAAUGCUCCUAGUGCCUGUGUCAGUCCUUGGAUUGUAACAAUGGAAUUUUAUGGAAAGAAUGAUCUUACAUUAGGAAUAUUUUUAGAGAGAUACUGUUUCAGGCCUUCUUAUCAGUGUCCAAGCAUGUUCUGUGAUACCCCCAUGGUACAUCAUAUUCGGCGCUUUGUUCAUGGCCAAGGCUGUGUGCAGAUAAUCCUGAAGGAGUUGGAUUCUCCAGUACCUGGAUAUCAGCAUACAAUUCUUACAUAUUCCUGGUGUAGAAUCUGCAAACAGGUAACACCAGUUGUUGCUCUUUCCAAUGAGUCCUGGUCUAUGUCAUUUGCAAAAUACCUUGAACUUAGAUUUUAUGGGCACCAGUAUACUCGCAGAGCCAACGCUGAGCCCUGUGGUCACUCCAUCCAUCAUGAUUAUCACCAGUAUUUCUCCUAUAACCAGAUGGUGGCGUCUUUCAGUUAUUCUCCCAUUCGGCUUCUUGAAGUAUGUGUUCCACUCCCCAAAAUAUUCAUUAAGCGUCAGGCCCCAUUAAAAGUGUCCCUUCUUCAGGAUCUGAAGGACUUCUUUCAAAAAGUUUCACAGGUAUAUCUUGCCAUUGAUGAAAGACUUGCAUCUUUGAAAACUGAUACAUUUAGUAAAACAAGAGAGGAAAAAAUGGAAGAUAUUUUUGCACAGAAAGAGAUGGAAGAAGGUGAGUUCAAGAACUGGAUUGAGAAGAUGCAAGCAAGGCUCAUGUCUUCCUCUGUAGAUACCCCUCAGCAACUGCAGUCGGUCUUUGAGUCACUCAUUGCCAAGAAACAAAGUCUCUGUGAAGUGCUGCAAGCUUGGAAUAACAGGUUGCAGGACCUUUUCCAACAGGAAAAGGGUAGAAAGAGACCUUCAGUUCCUCCAAGUCCUGGAAGACUGAGACAAGGGGAAGAAAGCAAGAUAAGUGCAAUGGAUGCAUCUCCACGGAAUAUUUCUCCAGGACUUCAGAAUGGAGAAAAAGAGGAUCGCUUCUUAACAACUUUGUCCAGCCAGAGCUCCACCAGUUCUACUCAUCUCCAAUUGCCUACGCCACCUGAAGUCAUGUCUGAACAGUCAGUGGGAGGGCCCCCUGAGCUAGAUACAGCCAGCAGUUCCGAAGAUGUGUUUGAUGGGCAUUUGCUGGGAUCCACAGACAGCCAAGUGAAGGAAAAGUCAACCAUGAAAGCCAUCUUUGCAAAUUUGCUUCCAGGAAAUAGCUAUAAUCCUAUUCCAUUUCCUUUUGAUCCAGAUAAACACUACUUAAUGUAUGAACAUGAACGAGUGCCCAUUGCAGUCUGCGAGAAGGAACCCAGCUCCAUCAUUGCUUUUGCUCUCAGUUGUAAAGAAUACCGAAAUGCCUUGGAGGAAUUGUCUAAAGCGACUCAGUGGAACAGUGCCGAAGAAGGGCUUCCAACAAAUAGUACUUCAGAUAGCAGACCAAAGAGUAGCAGCCCUAUCAGAUUACCUGAAAUGAGUGGAGGACAGACAAAUCGUACAACAGAAACAGAACCACAACCAAGCAAAAAGGCUUCUGGAAUGUUGUCCUUCUUCAGAGGGACAGCAGGGAAAAGCCCCGAUCUCUCUUCCCAGAAGAGAGAGACCUUACGUGGAGCAGAUAGUGCUUACUACCAGGUUGGGCAGACGGGCAAGGAGGGGACCGAGAAUCAAGGCGUUGAGCCUCAAGAUGAAGUAGAUGGAGGAGAUACACAAAAGAAGCAACUCAUAAAUCCUCAUGUGGAACUUCAAUUUUCCGAUGCUAAUGCCAAGUUUUACUGUCGGCUCUACUAUGCGGGAGAGUUUCAUAAGAUGCGUGAAGUGAUUCUGGACAGCAGUGAGGAAGAUUUCAUUCGUUCCCUCUCCCACUCAUCACCCUGGCAGGCCCGGGGAGGCAAAUCAGGAGCUGCCUUCUAUGCAACUGAGGAUGAUAGAUUUAUUUUGAAGCAAAUGCCUCGUCUGGAAGUCCAGUCCUUCCUCGACUUUGCACCACAUUACUUCAAUUAUAUUACAAAUGCUGUUCAACAAAAGAGGCCCACGGCGUUGGCCAAAAUUCUUGGAGUUUACAGAAUUGGUUAUAAGAACUCUCAGAACAACACUGAGAAGAAGUUAGAUCUCCUUGUCAUGGAAAAUCUUUUCUACGGGAGAAAGAUGGCACAGGUUUUUGAUUUGAAGGGCUCUCUUAGGAAUCGGAAUGUAAAAACUGACACUGGAAAAGAGAGUUGUGAUGUGGUCCUGCUAGAUGAAAAUCUCCUAAAGAUGGUUCGAGACAACCCUCUAUAUAUUCGUUCUCAUUCCAAAGCUGUGCUGAGAACCUCCAUCCAUAGUGACUCCCAUUUCCUUUCUAGCCACCUCAUUAUAGAUUAUUCUUUGCUGGUUGGGCGAGAUGAUACUAGCAAUGAGCUAGUAGUUGGAAUUAUAGAUUAUAUUCGAACAUUUACAUGGGACAAAAAGCUUGAGAUGGUUGUGAAAUCAACAGGAAUUUUAGGUGGACAAGGUAAAAUGCCAACAGUGGUGUCUCCGGAGUUGUACAGGACUAGGUUUUGUGAGGCAAUGGACAAGUAUUUCCUAAUGGUACCAGACCACUGGACAGGCUUGGGUCUGAAUUGCUGAAAUCAAGCGCGUAUUUUGAAAUGGACUGUGAAGGAAAAGGGGACAGGAACAAAGGACCAAAAAUAAGCUACAUGUUUUAUUUCUUCAUCGUGUUCACCACUGUAUGCAAAGGCUUUUCAGUUCUGUGACUGUUUAGACUGUCCGUAAUGGAAUGGUAAAACUCCAUGAAUUUGCACUUUGGUUUUUGAUACCUGUGGAUUAGCUGUCUGUAGGUUGGGAAGUGGCAUGAAAAUUUUCUUAAGCUAAAAUACAGACAUGUUUCAAAGGGCUAAAGUUGGAGAUGAGUAGAUAGGGUGAAAAAUGGGUUAAAUUUGCUAGCUCAAUUGUUUUAAGAAGAAAACAGUGUCUCAUAAAUUGACUAUCCUGGCAUCACAUUUAACACAUUAUCUACUUAGAAAGCAUUUGUAGAGCUGCUGAAUUUGUUUUGUGUUUUUCUGUAAUAAUUUAAUGUUACUUAUUAUCAGAAUUUCUGAAACCUUUACAAAAAUUCUGAUUUAUUCCAUUAAUGGCCAGUUAAACAUGUGGGCAUUUAUUGUUUUAUUGAGGAAUUUGACUUAAACUGGGAAUCCUGUCAUGUUCUUUAUCUUUCCAGCUUGCCUGUUUUUGAGUAUGUUUGAUGUUUUUAAAAUUUUGUCUUCUCUGGAUGACAGGAGGCUAUAGCCAUUAACUUUAAGCCUUCUUUUAGAGAUAUUUUUAAAGCUUGUUUAAAAUUUUUGUGCAAUUGAUAUAUUAAACUGCACUUACUUGCAUAUGCUCAUAUUCUAGGGUUUUUUCUCUAUUUUUAGGGUAUCAUAGUAAAUCAUUAGUAAAUGAGUCUGUAGUUACUAAACCCUAAUGGAAUAAUUAUUAAUGAAGGAUUUUUGAAAUAUAAAAAAUAAAUUAGGCCCAAUCCAAGAAAUUGAGUGAGAAGGAAACACUUGUUUUUUUCACAGAGGUAAAGUGUCUUUUCAAUAUAACCAGCAAUUUAGGUGGCAUCUAUAAAAUAAAAAAAAUUCCACUGUGGACAUCCCCUUUUCCAACUUUCUACAUAAUGGCUAGCUCUGACUGCUAAGAAAUGUUAAGAAAUAGGCCGAGUGCGGUGGUUCACGCCUAUAAUCCUAGCACUUUGAGAGGCCUAGGCGGGCAGAUCACCUGAGGUCAGGAGUUCAAGACCAGCCUGGCCAACAUGAUGAAACCCCGUCUCUACUAAAAAGACAAAAAAUUAGCUGGGCAUGGUUCCAUAUACCUGUAACCCCAACUACUUGGGUGGCUGAGGCAGGAGAAUUGUUUGAACCUGGGAGGCGGAGGCUGCAGUGAGCUGGGAUUACACCAUUGCAUUCCAGCCUGGGCAACAGAGCAAGACUCUCUCUCAAAAAACAAAACGAAACAAAAAAAGAAAGUUAUUCUUAGUAAGGAACUUCUUGUUUAAUAGCAUUUUUGUUUAUUUUAAAAAGUGAUCAGAAGUAGUAAACUAUCUUUGAGGAAAUACUGUAACCCCAGAAUAUUUCCUCUUGACUUCUUUUUGUAACAAGGAUAAUUUAGGGAUUUAUAAAGUUGUAAGGAUUUCACUGUUUUCGGACUGCCUAUAAUAAUAGCACAUUAACCUUCACAUCAUAAGAAAUCUGGACAAGUUCAGUUACACAGUAUGAUGAAUACUUGAAUUAGGAACAUUAUGGAAAAUUUGCUUUAGAGAAUGAAGGCAGUAGUUUGGUAUUUGGUGCUUAUUAAAAAUGUGGUUUGUUUUGAACUGGAAGCAAGUUGACCAAGGACUUACGACUAAUGUGAUGCUAAGUUCCAUUUGGCCCCUUUUAAAAACGUGUAUGUGCCUUUUGAAGAUACACAAAACACUGACGAUUUUAGUUUUGAAAUCAAAGACUAUUAAAGGAGCUGUACAGAGGUAAAAAAAUAAAUGUGGAACAUUAUUAGCUUAUUUCGUGUCUAGGAACAAUGGAUUUUGUAUCUGAUUUAAAAUGCCAACACUGUUUUGUCUCUGUUCAUUUUUUCUGUGAGGAUACUUAUGGUUAUUUAUCCUGUCCAUUUCCUAUACUCCCCUAGUCAUGAGCACUUGAAGUACAAGGUGUCUCCCCCUAGGUGCAAUUAGGUUGUUUCUUUGUUUUUUGUUUCAAUUCUAUGUGCAUAGCAGGAAUGCUCCACAGGAAUGGCUUCUGACAAUAAUCUGUCCUGUUGAUUUUGUUUUCCUUGCCCAUGACUUGAACAACUGUGUUUUAAAGUACUGUAGUCUAGUAGGUAACUUUGUGGCAAAAAUUUUCAGUAUAAUACAUUCUGAAACAAUAGUUGCUGCCUUGCAAAGGUAAUCUCUCAUUUUAAAAUUGAACAGUAUUAAUGAAGGGGAAAUAUACAAUUUAACUAUUUCUAUUGAGUGGUAGAACUAUAUGUCUGGUCCCUUGCUGCUUUUGUUUAGGCCACUAUCACAGAUAUAUUUCAAAUAUUGUACUACUCAGUGUUAAGUAUUGAAUGACUGUUUUCCUUUCCUUCAAGGCCUAGAGUAUACUCUGAAAAUUUAGGAAUAAGGAAGAAAUCUUAAUACUUCUUUCCUUAACAUACAACAUAAGUCCCGAGAAUAAUUGAUAGUAGCAAGAGAAAACUAUGUCAGUAACAUGUUGCUUUGUAUAAAAAUCUUAUUUAUAAAUGUGAAGCUUUUUGAUGCCAUCAAAACUUAUUAAAAAAUAGGAAGGAUUUACUUUUUUCUAAUUCUGACCUAAGAAAAAUAAUGAGAACAAGCUGUUGCAAGCUCUUUUGUAGUCUGUUGAAUAUUUUAUAAAUAUUCAAAAUUUCCUACAAACUAUAAUUUUUUCCAUGAUUUAGCAGUGAGUGGUUUUCUAGCUUUGGCUCUUAUUAGGUAUUGUAAAUAGUAGGGUUAUAUCGAUAUCAGCUUUUGUGAUGGCAUUGUGGUCAUCAGCUUCAUGACAUUUUACCCAUUUGCAGUGAUCCUGUGUAAAACUGCCAAGGAAAGUAAUUACCUGUAGGAGUUAGCUGAGCUUGAAGAGUGAAAACUGUUGUGAAUGAUCAGGCCAUUCAUUAUUCCUCAAGUGUUAAUAUACUGACUUAUGCAGUAUUCAAACCAUCUAGUGCAAUCUUUUGUUUUGUUUUGUUUUGUUUCGUAACACAGGUGCAGUGUAUUAUAGAAAAAGUAAAAACUACAAUCAUUAGCAGUUUUAAUACUGCUGUGUCAGUUUUGUAAAAAAUGUACAUUAUGUCUUUUGACAUGUUGAACUUUAAACUAGGGAAAUGACAUUGUAAAUCACAGUAGCCUCUUUUAAUUUAAUAUGAAAAAUGCCACUAUAUUGAAAGUACUUAAUGUAUUAUAUUGUAUAUAUUUCUCUACUUUGGUUCUAGCUAUUUUAUAUGAUUGACAUGUUAUUUAAAAGAUAACUGCCUUGAACUUUUGGAGACUUGUACUGUAAAUAAAGAAAUCUUAACAAUAAACUGAGAAUCUACUUCA